AUGGUCUUUAAAGAUGUUGAUGAGUUUAGGAGAGCAGUAACAAAAUAUGCUGUUAGGAAAAGGGUUAAGGUAGAAAAGUGGGUGAAUGAGCCUACAAGGGUUAGGGUGAGGUGCAAGGAUGGUUGUCCAUGGAUAUUGUAUGCUAGGCUUGAUAAAACCACUGAUGUUUUCCAAAUUAAAACUUACAUUCCAAAGCAUACUUGCCUCCAAACUACCAGAAACUACUUGUGUAAUGCCAAGUUUAUUGUUGAGACCUAUAGAAAGAGAAUAACUGAGCAGCCAAACAUUAAAGUUGUUCAGUUGCAAAAGCUAAUUAGGACAAAGUUUAAUCUUCAUGUUGGUAAGACCACCGAUAGAAGAGCAAGAGCAAAAGUACUGAAAGAAAUCAUGGGAGAUCACAUUCAGGAGUUUGGAAAAAUCCUUUACUACAGGGAUGAAUUGUUAAGGACCAAUCCUGGUUCCACUUGUGUAGUUAAACUUGCUGAACCAAAUGCUGAUAGUAGGCCUGUUUUUUUGAGUUUUUAUAUCUGUUUUGAUGCUUUGAAGAAAGCAUUUCAGCACUGUAGAAAAUGUAUUGGUUUAUAUGGUUGUUUUCUGAAAGGGGUUUGUAGAGGACAGUUGUUGGUAGCUGUGUAUAAAGAUGGUAAUAACCAAAUGUUUCCUCUGGUAUGGGCUGUGGUGGAGUAUGAAAACAAGAGCACUUGGACUUGGUUUAUCAUAAUUUUGAAGGAAGAUUUGGCACUUGGAGAUGGGACAGAUUUAACAUUGAUAACAGAUAUGCAGAAGGGACUAUUGGUUUCUAUUCAAGAUCUUUUACCUGCUGUUGAACACAGAAAGUGUGCUAGGCACAUCUUGGCUAACUUCAGCAAAGAAUGGAGAGGGCUACAGAGAAGACAACAGUUUUGGAGAAUUGCCAAAAGUACCUUUGAGUCUCAACUAAGGAGAAAUAUUGAGCUGAUGAAGUUGCUUGGUCCAACGAAAAUGAUGGACAAACUGAUGUAUUACAACAUAGAUUAUUGGUGUAAGGUCUACUUCAACACUAAUGUAAAAGUAGAUUCUGUACAUAACAAUAUGGCUGAGUGUUUUAAUGCUUGGAUCUUGGCUGCCAGGCACAAAACUAUAAUAACAAUGCUUGAGGAGAUUAGGGUGAAAAUGAUGGCAAGGAUUGGAACAUUGAGGGAGUUUGUAAACACUUGGAGAUGUAACUACUCUCCAAUGUGUACGAAGGUGUUAGAGGAAAAUGCUAAACUUUCAAUGCAAUGUAACAUUGAGUUUAAUGGAGCUGCUGGUUUUGAAAUUAGGGAAGGACUAUAUCAACACACUGUGGAUAUUUCUAGAAGGCAGUGCAGCUGUAGGGUGUGGCAGCUAAAAGGCAUUCCGUGUGCACAUGCUUUAGCUGCAAUUCAGUUCAAAAGAUUUUCUCCACUGAUUUAG